GACCGCUCACAAUCUGGACGCGGAACUACUUGGCGAGGUCAUUCAGGUGCACUUGGCAUCACUCAUUGGCACGAGAUGAUCGGGUCAUGCACAGCUCACAUGGACAUGCUGCGCUUGCGAACGUCAUCUCGCAUCAUUGGGCAGCCAUGGCUUCGCAGAGCUGUUCCUGCACCGCCCGUGGCUAGGCAUUCCAUGGCUGUGUUGCAGCGACUCACAUCCACGACGACCGGACGGGCUGCGGCCACAAAACAAUCACCAGCAACGGCAUCUGCGGUCGUGGAAGGAGUCGGCGCAGCGAAAUUACCACCACCAACCAAAUUUGUGUUUCCUGAACGCCUGUGCGUCUACCACGCUGGCACUGGGCGGGUGACUUUCCUGGCAUGUCUGAAGGUGUCGACGCUCUUCAUCUUUACUUUCUUCGCCUUCGUGGUGACACCAUUAUAUCUGGAGCGUGAGGGCUUUUCGGUGACUGUGCUGCGUACUACCGCGUCAGCCGUCAUACCAUUGGCAUUUGUAGCAUGGGCUACAUCUCCAUUCGUUACAUUCAUCCACCUCCGCCUACCGCCAUACGCGCGACAGUCUGAAGACAUGCUGAGGCGAUUUAUUACUGCCCAGCUCGGCAGCGCAGCAGCCAAGUCCCCUACUCGUGGAAUCAGUGGUCGAUCUGCCGUAGCAGGAGGACUUACGGGCGAGACAGAGCUCGAGAUUACGACGAUGAGCUACAUCGCCAAGCCUCGCCUUAGCGUUGUGCGACUGGAAGAGCUUAAGCCCGUUAGAAAGAGGCUAGGCAUCGUCAAUUAUUCACGCGACACGACGGCUGAGAACGCGAGGAGAAAAUGGUACAUGUUUCCAGCUGUGGCAAGCUUCAGUAUCCAGGAGACUUCAAACACGAUGCCCAAGGUUCCCUGGGUGUGGAGCAAGAUUGCAGAGAGGAUCCAAAGUGUGUCAACGUGAGCCGAAGUUCGAGGUGAUAGAAUGUUGGCAUGCACAGACUUGGAAGAAGAGGCAUGAUAGCAGUCUCAAACAAUAAAGGACAGUGAACGAGUUCGAUCUUGUACCAGU